AUGGCUCUGGUGAUGCUAAGCUCUAAAACUGAAGAAUGUGCAUUGGAUCAGAUAAGGUCCAUGUCUUCUUCUCCUGCGAUCGUCCCCUUCACUCCUGCGUCAGUAGAAGGUUCCCCUGCCACCUUUGCAGGAGCAGAUUUUCCAGGAGCACUCUUCACAGGAUCCACCAUUUUCUCCUUCAUCAGCACUCUGGAUGUUCCAGCCCCGUGUAGGAGUGAGGUGGAGGAGGACAUUCCAGGAGAUGUGACCACAGAAAAUCCCAGCAAGAAUUCUGAGGAAAAAUGUUUGUUAUCACUAAAGGAUGAAGAUAUCCUGCAGCAGUCUUCAGGAGAAAACAUCAUUACCCUUAAUGUACAUCCAGGACUUCACAGUGCAGAUAUAUCCUAUAAUCCUCGUAAUCAUGAGGGACCUUCUCCUGACCAAUCAAAGAUUGUUACCACAGGUACAGGUCAGAAAAGGGGUGAAAGGUCUCACUGUGGUAAAGAGUUCACAGAAAGAUCAGGUCUUUUUACACACAGAGGAAUUCAUACAGGUGAGAAGCCAUAUUCAUGUUCAGAAUGUGGGAAGUGUUUUCCGAAUAAAUCAAAACUUGUUACACAUGUGAGAAUUCACACAGGAGAGAAGCCGUAUUCAUGUUCAGAAUGUGGUAAAUGUUUUACAGUGAAAUCAAAUCUUGUUACACAUCAGAAAAUUCAUACAGGAGAUAAGCCAUAUUCAUGUUCAGAAUGUGGGGAAUGUUUUAAAUAUAAAUCAUAUCUUUCUACACACAAGAGAAUUCAUAUAAGAGAGAAACCAUAUUCAUGUUCAGAAUGCGGGAAGUGUUUUCCAAAUAAAUCAAAACUUGUUACACAUGUGAGAAUUCACACAGGAGAGAAACCAUAUUCAUGUUCAGAAUGUGAUAAAUGUUUUACAGGGAAAUCAAAUCUUGUUACACAUCAAAAAAUUCACACAGGAGAGAAGCCAUAUUCAUGUUCAGAAUGUGGUAAAUGUUUUACAGGACAAUCAAAUCUUGUUACACAUUACAAAAUUCACACAGGAGAGAAGCCAUAUUCAUGUUCAGAAUGUGGAAAAUGUUUUACACUAAAAUUACAUCUUGUUAGACAUAAGAGAACUCACACAGGGGAGAAGCCAUAUUCAUGUUUAGAAUGUGGUAAAUGUUUUGCAGGGAAAUCAAAUCUUGUUACACAUCAGAAAAUUCACACAGGGGAGAAGCCAUAUUCAUGUUCAGAAUGUGGGAAAUGUUUUACACUAAAAUUACAUCUUGUUAAACAUAAGAGAAUUCAC